AGUGUAACGCGAGGCGUUGAGGGAACCUAUUUUCCGCUGGUAGAGGUGGAUGCGCUGCUCUAGUACUGGAAUAGAACAGAAUAAUAAAUAAAAACAGUGCAACAUAGACGGAUUUACAGCAAAGUAACCGGGCUAGACAGAGAUGGUCUGUCAUCUGAAGAUGCUUUCUUAGCCAGGAGGUAUUUUCACCACUCUCCUUUUUAUGUUAACGCUUUAAAUCGACACAAAGGCAGACGUGUUGGCUGAUUUCUCCCCCCAAAGCGGAUCGUGGAGGGACAGCUGAAAGGCAUCGCACAACUCAACGGGAUGUCGUCGGAAAAACACGCUCUAGAGGAGGCAGCUGGUAGGCAGGCCAUGUCGCAGCAGAUGACCCAAAUGGCUCCUCCGCCCUACCUUCCCUCCCAGGACCCAAACAUGCCUCCACAUCCUCCCCCACCUGGCUGCGCCCCCCAACCGAAUUACCCCCCUCCUCCUCCGCCUCCUGGCUCAGAGGGCUACCUGCAGGAGACCCAGUUCCACUGCGGGACACUCGGGCCUCAGGGGACGGCAAACGGCUAUACAAUACAAACACACGGGGCUGGAGGAACUGUCCCUCAUCCUCCGGUGGGCUACCUGCACCCUGGAUACCCUCUACAGCUCCAGCCCUGCACGGCCUACGUCCCAGUCUAUCCUAUUGGAACAGGGGGCCAGCCUUACCUGCCUAAUGGUGCACCCCAUCCAGGUGUGGCCCCAGGGCAGAUGGCCAUGCAGAUGCCUCCUGGCAUAGCUCUGAUGGAACCGCGCCGCCCCCCUCAUGAUUACCUGCCCAUCGCCGUCCUGACCACCGUCUGCUGCUUCUGGCCCACCGGCAUCAUCGCCAUCAUCAAAGCUGUGCAGGUGCGUACUGCGGUCGCCCGUGGCGACAUGGUGACGGCGGAGAUAGCAUCUCGCGAAGCGCGUAACUUUUCUUUCAUCAGUCUGGCGGUGGGCAUCGCUUCCAUCGUCCUCUGCACCAUCCUCACCGUCGUCGUCAUCAUCGCCUCUCAGCACCAUGAUGACGACUGGGACCCCUAAAGCCUGGGGGCCACCGAACCAUCCGCCUUCUGACCGCAUCACAGACUCCUGGCUGCUGUGCUCACGCAGUACAGCCAACGUUCUGCUCUUAGUGUCCAGACACCCCCUGCACUGACCCGCCGGCCCAGACCACAACACCAGAAAUCCCCUCACUAUUGGAAUCCAGGCUAAAAACACUGUUUACUGUAUUUUAGUCUGCAGAAAUAGAUUCUCCACAGUGUCAGAUCAGGGCCAAAGUAGGGAAAACAGCACUGACGAUACAUGUGCACGUCCAUAUACGAACAAAACUCACACACACACACAUUUUCUCCUUUAAAAAGGUCAUUAAUUCUUAAGUUUACAGUCUAUUAGUGUUUUAAUCCUCACUAAUUUGACGGUAUUCCACUAGCUGUGCGGAAACAUCACACCGGUUUUGAUUCUGAAGUGCUUUGGCUGUACCUAACUGUUGUUACAUAUGAUUGAUUAUGUGCUGAUUGUGUUUGUCAAGUGUUCAGUACAUUCCGUCUGCUAUUUUAUUGUUUUGUGCCAUCAAUCCAUUUAGGUUUUAGCAGUGUUAUUUAGCAGAAAUGAACAGGUUAAACUGCCAAAUAUCCACACCGGUGCGGUGAUCUUUGGUAGUUCUCUUGUAUCGUUAUAAGUAAACAGUGUUGCAUUCAGAACAUUCGAUAGUAUUUCCCAGAUAAUUGCCAAAUACCAAAUGUUACGUUUAAUUUCUCCAUUUGUUGACUGAACAAAGGCCGUACAGCACAUGUUAACCCCACCUAUUCCCCAAAAAGGAGCUUGUAUGUUAGUGUGAAAAAAGAUGUACAUUGUUCAACAUGAUCCUUAGUGAGUUUUCUUGAUUUUAAAUAUUAUGCAGUAUAUUCUACAGUAGAGUAUUGCUACUGUCCAGGUCAGACAAUGUUUUGAGGACUAAUAAGGAAACAUUAUUUGCAGUUGAUGCUGCCUCAUAGUGAACUGGUUUGUCUGAUCGGAAAGACGUAGUAUUAUUGUGUUUCAAACUGAUGUAUUAUACAUUAUUUAUUACUACAUGAUUUGUGUAUUGGGUUAAUUUUAUAUAUAUAUAUAUAUAUAUAUAUAUAUAUAUAUAUAUAUAGCCAUAGCUCUGUUGUUGAACUGAACUAUUUUUUAUCAGUGGAUGAUAAAGUAUGAUCAUCAUAGACUGCUCAACCUCAUAGUCUGGUAUAUUUUUAACUAAGCAUGUCGCGAUAUGCACUUUUAUGCACAGUGAGGAAGUAGCUGUUUUAUUUUUCAUAGUCUGACUAGCAAAAAACGCUGCUGCCUUGUUUGUUUGCCAGCUAAUUUUGAGGAGUGUUAAAUAUAAAGCUACGAAGCUUGAAGGGAAGUGGGAGAGAUCGGUCAUUCUGAUGAUACAAUCUUGCAAAAAAAAAAAGUUUGAAAAACAGAUUUCUUUUAUUUCAGACCAAAUGAGAGUCAAAAUACAGAGAGGCCAGGUGAGCCUGUACAAAACCCUUACAGUCUUCAGCGAAAACAGUAUGAUCAAGACCGUGUGGCUAAUAGGGAGACUACCUCGGACACACUGGGCUAAACGUGCCCAGUAACGUCCUUCUGUCUGCGUCACAGAUUUGAGUGGAUUCACGUAGAUGUUUACUUUUCCAGACAGCCAUGAAGUUGGAUUAUGAGAACAGGUUAUAUUGUUAAGUGUCAGCCGCAGCCGAUCAACACAGCCUGAUAUGAGAUCCGCUUUCAGUCUUACGCUGAAAAAAAGUGCUGCGUUAAAUUGAAUUGAGAUAUUUAUUAUUUAGAAAUAAUUGUGCUGUGAUAUAUAAUAUACUCCCAGUGGUCACUUGGCUGCACCUACAGUCAUAUGCGAACACCCUCUUGAUAUGACCUUUUGUUGGUUUUCAAAGUGAAAAUAAGUGAAUACAAUCCUCUACAGAGAACACACGUUUAAAAAAAAUAAAUAAAUAAACUCCACAGUUUUCCUUUUAUCUCAGACGCGGUCCAUCAGCCAAGACAGGCUCGAUGUCCAAACUGUGUGUCUUUAGCACUGGAGCUGCGAGGCUAAGGUUGCUAACGAACAGUAGAAGUCAGUAGUCACCCAAAUCUUUUCCGUAAAUACACCCCCGAAACUUCUCUCGCCCCGCUCAAACCAGAUCCAGGGCUUAAGGUUGUGCAGAGAUGUUGAUGUGGUUUGAGCGCAGUAUGACAUUUUCGGCCAAACUGUUCCUUUAAAUAUGGCAUGUUUUGUUUCACUCUUCCAUACAUUAAAUUUAGCGAACUAUGCAUUACAGUUUAUAGAAGUGUGUCUCUGUAGAGGAUGUUUUCACUCCUUUUCACUUAGAAAAUCAACAAAGCAUGUCAUUUGAGCAGGGAUGCGCAAACGUUUGCCUAAGACUGUAUGAUGUAGACAUUUGCAUCAAGCGGCAUUCAAAGCAGUACAUUUUUAUCAGUGUGCCGUCUCUGCCUGACGCGACAAAGCAAAAAAUAAGAUCUUUAAAAUCUUCCGUCUCAUUUGAUUUGAAUGGUUCUUUGCCUAGUAUUGAAUACUUACUGCAAGCAUCUCUACCUGUCAUUCCUGCAUAUGAUUUUCACACUUAAGAGCAUGACUGACCAGAGAGGGGCGGGGCUGAUUUGAAUAUGAAUGUGUUUUGUAAUGUUGGUGUGUUGUAAUCUGCUGUUGCCCACCAGCCAGGUGCACUGCAGUCUUAAAAAGAUGGUCCUUCAAGGGUUCUUUGGUAAAGAAAAUGUUUCUGUUUAAAUCCAUGAACACUCAGAAGAACCAUUUGCAUGAUUAAAUGGUUCAUUGCAUCAUGGCGAAUGUUCUAUAAAGCACCAAAACAGGUUCUUCGAUUAUUGUGAGCUUGACAUUGUAACGAUAGAAGAACCCUUUUUGGUGUUUUUCAGAAAGGUUAUAUAAUAUGUAAAACCAUAAGUAACACAUUUUCCAUCAGUCUGAAGGACAUUGCCAUGAUGCAGAGAACCAUUUAAUCAUGCAGAGAGGUUCUUUGAGUGUUGGUGGUUCUACAUAGAACCAUUUUCUUUACUAAAGAACCCUUGAAGAACCUUCUUUUUUAAGUGUGUGGUACUCACAUUUCUGUUUUCACUCAGACUGUGGGUCAGGCACCAAUACAGAAGGAUAAUAUAGGGGCAUAUAUAUAAAAUGUAUGUAAAUAGUGUGGAUUCAGGAAAAAUAGAGUAUUUUACUAAUUGGGCCGAAACAGAUAGAAAUAAUAACAUUGUUCAGAGCCUUUUUGUGCAAAAGUCUGGGGCUCCUAACCAAACCGUUUAAAACCAUUUGUCUGGGCAUCAAGUUUGUUUCUGUUUAAAACUCUACAUAACAUUACAAUAACCUUAAGAAACAUCAAUGCAGUAGAAAUACGGAGAAUUUCUUGUUUUGUCUUUGAUGCUCCACAUCACUUUGUUGAAAUCCAUCACCUGACGCACCUGAUUUGAUUUAAUCUGAUUUAAUAUGACCUGGACUUAAUUAGCCAAACCGCAUAUUGGAUGGUAACUACAAAUAAUACAGGGCGUUCUGAUGUAGACAUUUAGACAAUGGGAAAACAAACACAUUGACACAUAAAGUCACUUCUGGUUGUAUUAAUAUUGCUGGUAUGUAUUCUGAUAUUAUGAGUAUGUAUUAUAAGUAUAUAUUCACUACCCAGUUAAUAUAAUUUUACAAGUGCCUAAAAGUUUUGCACAGCACUGUGUGCCCCAUAUCGUCCCAUUUUACCUGAACCUACCUUAUAUGUAAUGUUUUAGCACCCAAACUCCAAAUGGCUGCUGUUCUCCUGUAGCUUUUUUUUUCAUUAAAGGGCUUAUAUCAUGGAAUAUCAAGUUCACCUCACUAUUUUGAGUCGGAUGCAGUAUGUAAACGCUGCUUUCAGUCUAAACGGCUAAUGUUUGGAAUCUAAGCUGCAAAAACAGCCUCGUUUUGGUGGAUAAACCGGGCUAACGUUGUAAGUGGACCUCAUGGGUUGGAAAUAAAAUGCAUGAAAAAUGUCGGAUAUGGGCCCUUUAAUAAUGCCAUGAGCAGAUGUGCCUGGCUGGUGGGAUUGUGGUGGGUUUUGUGGCACCCAGGAUAAACGUGUGGUUUUAUUUAUUUAUUUAUUUAUUUAUUAGACAAGCCUAUAGCACUUUCAUUCCAAUUUUUACUAAAUAAAUUUCAUUCUUAUUUCUCCUUAGAAUACAAUCAGUCGUAUUGCAGUGCAGCAUAUCUGUCCUUUUCUGCUCCCAAAUCUAAUCUAUUUUUAGAUCCGGAGCUUUAGUGUAGAGUGUUUUUCGCUGAGUGACUACUGAUAUAUUGAUGUGCGUAUUGUUUUAUUUAUUAUAAAGGAAGACAGUCCUGAUAUUAUGGCUAAAAUCCAGAGUUUUCUAACUCUAAAUGCCGUAGACAGAGGAGCGUAGUUUGUAUUAUAAACAUGUAUUUAUGUCUGAUAUCUACUACCAGUGCAGUUCAUUAAACCACUAUGGUGUUUUAAUGUUGUGCAUACAGUGUACAGUGGGUUCUCUCUUUCUUUUUUUUUUUUUAGACCCCUAAAAAACUGCUUUUUUCCACAUUGAUCUACUAUAAAGCUGAGCCUGUAUCGUUACAGACGACUUUGCUUCGGAGAAAACGGUUACCCAUAGUUACGGCACCCUUGAAAACGCAGAGUUUCUCUGAGCUUGUAAAUGUGGCAGGUGACUCCCUCAAAGCGGCUGCCCGGUGACUUGUGUACACGUGCUUUGCGAGGUUAAUUCUGUUGAUGGAUGCCGUACAUGCAUUUGUUGUGUUUGAAUCCAGUUGUUGAAAUUAAAGAGGAACUGCGAGAA